GAUCGCGCUGAGGCUGGGCUGGCUGGCUGGCCGAGACUGGUGGGAUCGGCGAGGGGGAGAAGAAAUAAGGAGCGGAGGGCAAGGAAACCGAGCAGCUUUUCAGCUGCCUCUUGGCGACUUCAUGCCGCGGCAGUGGCCCCCUGGCCUCUUCUCCCUCCGGUCGCAAUAGCCAUGGCCGCGGUGGCCGUCCUCCGGAGCGACUCGCUGCAGGCGUUUCUUCAGGAUCGUACCCCCAGCGCCUCUCCCGACUUGGCCAAGCACUCACCUCUGGCUCUCCUGGCCGCCACCUGUAGCCGAAUCGGGCAGCCGAGCGCGUCGGUCGCUCCCUCGGAUUUCCUGCAGGUCUCCUACGACCCAAGCUUGGGCUCCCCGUCCAGGAUCUUUCACCCGUGGAGCAGCGACAUGCCGGCCCACUCCCCGGGCGGACUGCCUCCCCCGCCGCCUAGCCUCGGGCUCGCUCCGCAGCCGGCUUUCGCGGGCGGCCACGAGCUGCCGCUGACGCCCCCCGCAGAUCCAUCGUACCCCUACGAGUUCUCGCCGGUCAAGAUGCUUCCGGCUUCAAUGGGCGCCCUCUCCUCCAGUUGCCCCCCGCCGGCCUACGUGCCCUACGCCGCCCAGGCGGCCCUCCCGCCCGGCUACUCGAACCUGCUGCCCCCGCCGCCCGCGCCCCAGUCCUGCCGGCAGCUUUCGCCGGCGCCCGAGGACAUCCCUUGGUGGAGCAUCCAGCAGCGCGGGCUGGUGUUGGCGCCCUCGGAGCUGGCGCAGUACCAGUCGCAGCUGGCCGCCCUGCUGCACCCCAAAGCGCCCCUGGCGGCCACGGCCAGGAGGUGCCGCCGCUGCCGCUGCCCCAAUUGCCAGGUGGCCGCGGGCAACGGGCCCGAGGCCACCGCCGAGCCCGGGAAAAAGAAGCAGCACGUGUGCCACAUCCCCGGCUGCGGGAAGGUCUACGGCAAGACGUCGCACCUCAAGGCGCACCUGCGCUGGCACACGGGCGACCGGCCCUUCGUGUGCAACUGGCUCUUCUGCGGCAAGAGCUUCACACGCUCCGACGAGCUCCAGCGGCACCUACGGACUCACACCGGCGAGAAGCGCUUCGGCUGCGCCGAGUGCGGCAAGCGCUUCAUGCGCAGCGACCACCUCGCCAAGCACGUCAAGACGCACCAGAACAAGAGGCUCAAGGCCGGCCUCGGCCUCGGCCUCGCGGGGGGCGACGGGCGCGCUUGCGCAAUCAAGCGAGAGGAGCCGCGCGACUUGUGACCUGUUGCGAUGCUUCGCUGGGCCGAGGCGCUCGUGCGCGACUCUGACUCCUCGUCCGCCCUCUUUCAGGUCUCGGAGUGGGCCGCUUCUCUUUCCGGGGAAAAUUCCGCUUCAGCCCGAAUCAGCCCUGGACGUUUCGGGAACAACCAGGAGAGCUCCUUAUUGGGAGGCCGUUUAAAGGGGAGCCACGACACACACACACACACCCGGAAGAUCUCCGAAGUCUGGCACCUUUGAGGCUUGCAUUAGACAGAUCUCCUUUGAGAAGCAAUUGGAGGGUCCUUGGUCAGGAGACUCAAGGGACUGGUGGUUUUGCCUGGAUUCGGACCCAGCCCUCUGGAACUAAAAGCUUUGCCGUGACCCAUAGACAUCCUUUGUGUGAUCUGAAGUGGAGCCAUGAAACCCACUCUGCAGAGCAAGAUUUGGAACUGUUCUGUGGAUCUGAGAUUAGCCUUCUGUGAAGAGGUUUUUCCCCCUUUGGAUUCCCCCCCUUUUUUUUAACUCCAGAUUAAAGAUAUCCUAGGGUUUCAUCUUCUGUCGAACUCCCCCAAAGGAUUAUGGCUUCAAUGCCAGGUGCUUGCAGCCAGAAGAUUGCAGCCCACCUUCCAUCACAUUUGGAAACAUCUGGCCAUAAUGGGCUACAAUACUUUUUUAAAUAAAAACAGCAUCAUUGGGCUGGUUAUAGAGUGUCUGGGUAUAAUUUUUCGACCUGUGUUUAGGGGGAGAGAUCAGCCUUUUGUAUAGAGUUUAUUUAAUACCUUUGAAUAAAAUAAUCCCCCCCCCCACUAUGCUACUUGACUCCCUUAUGGGGACUGUACCAUGAGAUAUUUCAAGUGACCUACAGUGCAUCAGCCGUGUUAAAGUAAAUGCAUCAACACUCGGGUCAUAUUGGGAAGAUCCCACUGAGUUGGUUUCACCUGAUUGUUUAUUUCUUCUGAAACUUUUUGACAAUAUACCACUAACCCAUUUUAAGUAUUUGUUUCACCUCAACAAAUUCCCCAUUUAGAUGGAGAGCACGUUAGUAUGAAGUCCAACCUGCAGCUCAUAUUAUUAAAGCUCAGCGUUGUAAAGAUCACCUAAAUUUUCCUUGUGAAAUAUAUUGUAGUGGUGUAAAAUGUGUGACGUUUUUAUUGCUUCAUCUAUUAUUUUUUAAAACAUUUGCUGAUCAGAGUUGUAACAUUCAAACGUUGCAAGGAAACAACAAGGCAUAUACUGUUUGCAGCUCAGCUGAAAACUGCAGAGUGCAUAAUACAGAACAAGCCUACCAGGAGCUUGAUCCAAAAAGGGAAUCAGAAAUCAACUGCUGUAUAAUUAUAUUGAAGAAAUUUAUGUUUAGUGAUGUUAAAAUCCGCAAGGCUUAUUUCCAUGUAAUAAGAGCCACAAGCCAAAGUUAAAGUACCUUUUUGUUUAACCUCCAUUCACUUCAUUGGGCUUAAAACUGCUUAACUUGCAAGAUCAUGCUUGAUGUUGAAAACGCAGCGUGCAGUAUGGCUUGUUCAGAAGAAACAUUAUAUGGCAGUAUAAUGCUAUAGGGAUAUGCUUUGUCAGAUUCUUAUGUCAUUUUUGUUCAGUCUUUUGCACUGCUAAAAUUGUUUCACAUUUUAAUUGUUUCCUCAUCUUUAAAAGAGAAAAAUGGAAGAGAAAAUAGAGUUAGAAAUUUCUUUUUAAUUUCCAGAUGUCAGAACAGGGCUGCAAUUCUGUACUGUAUGCACACUUACUUGGGAUUGAGAUGUACUAAAUACUCCAGACAUGCAUAGAAAAUAUCCAACUCUUUCUGAGGCCAUAGAUUUUAUUUCUAUAUUAUCAACAUUUAUCAAAGCAGUGGUAUCCCAUAAGUGCUCAUCUUCUAAAGCCUGCGGAAUUUCCAGAGCUCAACCUUGUAAAUUUGUAAUAUAAAUAUAUUACAAAAAGAAAAGUCCAUAUUCUUUGAAAAAUAAUUUGUCAACUACAUCUUAAAAUAAAGAUUUUGCUACAAACCAACGUGCAUUCUCAUUUAAAGUACAAAAAAAAACAGUUGGAACUUUCUGAACAAAAUUAAAGUUUGUGUUCUCAAUUUUAUACUCUGUGCUGUACAUUUGAAAAUAAUUGUGGAUAUCAGCUUCAAAGGGAACUGCUGUAGGACUAUAGUGCUAGUAGAAAUAUCCAUCUGAAAUAGAAUGGUUUAGUUGCAUUUGCAAUUUAAACAUGAAGCCAGAUUUGUAUUCAAAGUACUGCAUUGAUCAAACUAUUUAAAAGGGAAAACUGUAUCAAAACUCGUCUGUGAAGUUGCGCUAUUACCAACUGUACAGUAUAGAUGAUCCAUGGCGCAUGGAUACACAGUUUAGGUACUGAAGGGAGUAACAUCACUAAAACCUAUUCUGUACAGCCUGCAGAAAACAUGUAAUUAGUUUUAAUGAGAAUUUGGAA